UAAUGGACGAUAUUCCUGAUUUUAAAGAAGAACAAUAACCAACUGGCAAAGACAUUUAGUAAGAGCAAAUAUUGAGAAUCCUAGAAUUGACAAUUACAAUGUCUCUUAAUUUAAAAAUUUUGGGCUUAAAGAAGAGAUCUUAAGAGCAGUUAAAGAAGCUGGAUUUGAACAUCCUACUAGAGGUAUCAUAUAUUCUAAUUAUUAAAGUCCAAGCUGAGUCAUUAACAAAUGCAUUAUUAGGAGAAUAAUUGAUCUGCUAAGCUAAGGCUGGAACUGGAAAGACUGCUGUGUUCGUGCUUACAGUGUUAAAUACGAUAAAUGUAGAAAGUAAUAAAGUUGAAUGCCUUGUAAUUACACAUACAAGAGAGUUAGCCCAAUAAGUAAAAUAAUUUAAUAUUAAUUAUUUAAGGCUCGAGAUGAAUUUUUGAGAUUGGGAAAGUUUAUGAAAAAUGUGAAAGUGGAAUGUUUCUAUGGUGGAGGUGAGCCUGUAUCAGUGAAUAUCUAAACUAUCGAAACAGUAAAACCAUAAAUAGUAGUUGGGUAUAAAUAAAUUCUUAUAUUUAGUACUCCUGGACGUCUUAAGGAUCUAAUUUGUGAGAGAAAAGCAUUAAAAUUAGAUAGAUUGAAGUACUUUAUCUUGGAUGAAGCCGAUACCAUGAUUGAAGAUUUGAACAUGAGGUGUUGAUUUUUGGAAAUAAUUAUUUUUAGAAAGGACAUUUAGGACAUCUUUUUUAAGUCACCAUAGGAGAAAUAAUUUAUGGCAUUUAGUGCAACAUUUACCGAAUCUAGUAGAACAUCAUUGAAAAGAUUUAUAGCUGACAAUAAACAUGUAAUACUUAUAAAUUAAUAAAUGGUUAGAUUUAUGAGAUUACUAUUAAACCAGAAUAACUCUUUUUGGAUAAAUUAAAGCAAUAUUAUAUGAAGGUUCCUGAAGCUCUUAAAUUUCAUUAUUUGAGAUAAAUUUUAAAUACCUGCAAAUUAAAUUAAUGCAUUAUUUUUGUUAAGAGUUCUGAAAAAGCUGAUGCUUUGGUUACAGAAUUAAAGAAAAAGGGAGAAGAAUCUGUUAGAUAACUAUAUGGAGGUAAUAGACUAGGUCCUGAUCAUUAAAAAAUGAGAUAAAAAACAUAUGAAUAAUUUAGAAAUGGUCAUUUCCGAUUGUUAGUUGCUACUAAUUUAAUGGGAAGAGGUAUUGAUAUUGAUAAAGUCAAUUAUGUUAUCAAUUUUGAUAUGCCUGAUUCUUUGGAAACCUAUUUGCAUAGAGUAAUAAUUUAAAUGAUCAAAUUAGGUAGGUAGAGCAGGAAGAUAAGAAACUAAUGGUGUAGCUAUCUCAUUUGUCAAAUCAGAAGAAGAAACAAAUGAUGGAAAAAAAUAAACAGAUGAUGAAGUAAAUUGUACAAUUCUAAAAACUAGGUCUUAUAAUAAAUCUUAAAAUAAUAUCCUGAUAAAUUAUAAUAAUUGCCUUAAGAUUUGUCUUCAUUAGAUAAGUUCUGAC